ACAUUUCAAUUCAGCGUUAUCAGUUACUGAUUAAGCACAGCUUUACUAAUUUGAUGACAUUAAUUCUAAUUAAUUCGGCUGAAGUAAAUUUGUAGGCGUGCAUUCGCAAAGCGGUCGCCUGAGUUAAAUUUAAUUUAGUGUUUAUAAGCAAGAUGAAAGUCCGAUGGGGUAUUUUACAACUAAUUUUCAUGUUACCGCUUUCAUAUGGAUGGGUAUGGGAAUGCGAUACAAAAUCCAAUUCCUGCUAUAGAAAGCGACGAUUGACGAGCAGCGAUAGUUUUUAUGAAAAUGUUGAUAUUUGUCGAUUGGCAUGCGAUCCCAAAGGAAAUAUUUGGCCGCAACCUUCGAAUUUGUCUGUGACCAAUCACGAUCUGGUUUACAUAGCAGUGCAAUGCUCAGUACUCUCCUGGUCAGCGCCUUCAGAGAAAUCGUCGGCUUUUCUAGAAGAAAUUGUCGGAUACUUCAAAGACGUUGUAAAUUUGAAUGAACAUAAUGGAUGUUAUGGAUAUAUUUUAGUGAUCAAUUUGAUUGCCGCGAGUCCUUCCUUGCUCCUCAAUUGGGAAACUAAUGAAGCUUACCAGUUGACAAUAAGCACAAAUAAUUCCUUACAAACUGUGGAAGUUAAUAUUGUCGCAGAUUCUGUUUAUGGUGUGCGACAUGGGGUUGAAACACUGCUUCAGCUAAUACCUUCGUUGGAUUCAGGAGACGACAUUUUUUAUGUAACAUUAAAGGGGCUUUCUAUUGAAGAUAAACCCCGUUUCAAACAUCGAGGGUUGCUGUUAGAUUCGGCUCGAAACUACCUAUCCUUGGACGUUAUUAAAAAGAACAUUGUCGCUAUGGGCAUGUCGAAAAUGAAUGUGCUACAUUGGCAUAUAAGUGAUACGCAAAGUUUCCCAUUUAUUUCCAAAACACUUCCGAAUAUGUCAAGUUAUGGCGCGUACAGCAUCAAUCAGACUUACGCCCCCAAGCAAGUAAAAGAACUCUUAAACUUUGCAAAAUUGCACGGCGUUCGAAUUAUUCCGGAAAUAGAUGGGCCGGCUCAUGCUGGAAGUGGAUGGCAAUGGGGACCUGAUGCUGGACUAGGAGACUUGGUAGUGUGCUACAAUCAACAACCCUACCGCUCCUAUUGCAUCCAACCACCAUGUGGCCAAAUGAAUCCAGCAAAUCCUAAUUUAUACAGCGUGUUAACAAGCCUAUAUUCCGAUAUAAUUGACUUAUGGACUGAAUCCGAUGUUUUUCACAUGGGCGGGGACGAAGUUUUCGUGCCAUGCUGGAAUUCCAGCGAAGAAGUUCUUCGUUAUAUUGGGCCGAAUAGAUCAGAGGAAGUGUUUAUGGAUCUAUGGGCUGAAUAUCAGAGGAAAGCUUUAAAUGCGUACGAUGUAGCAAACAAAAAUGUCACAUCUUCAAUCAUCCUAUGGACCAGUACUCUAACUGAUCCAGAUCGCAUAGUAAAAUACCUUCCAAGCAACAGAUAUGUUAUUCAAACAUGGGUCCCGAAAUCCGAUCCACUUCCAGAACAGUUGCUUAAAUUGGGAUAUAAACUCAUAAUAUCAACGAAAGACAGUUGGUAUUUGGAUCAUGGAUUUUGGGGAACUACGCUCUAUUAUAACUGGAGGACUGUAUAUGAUAACACCAUUUCAACAGAUUCGUCAGUUUUAGGUGGAGAGGUUUGCAUGUGGGGCGAACUAGCUGAUGAUAAUAACGUUGAAUCGAAAGUUUGGCCCAGAGCAGCUGCAGCAGCUGAAAGACUCUGGGCUAAUCCAUCAACACCUGCCAUCAACGCAACAUCUCGAUUUUUCAGUCAUAAUGAUAGACUAGCAAGAAGGGGAUUACGAACGUCUCCUUUGGCUCCGCAGUUUUGCGCUAAAAGCAAUGAGGACUGCACUAGUUACAUCUUAAGACAGUGAAGUUAUUAGAGUUGUAAACUAUGAAUGAAAAUAAACGAACCAUGGGAUUUAAACAAAA